AUGGCCGCUGAUGGUCCGGUGUACCACCGUGGUUCAGGCUUAGAUGCGGAUGGGUCGUCCUUGAAGAGCAUUCUUGAAGACAUGCAUCAGAAGAUGCAGUUCCUAUGUGAGGAGCUUUCCUUGGGCCGUGGGCCAGCUGAGGCCGAGGAGCCCGCCCGCGCCAUCCUCCGAAGUUGCGCCACAUUGCGUGGUGGAGCUGGUGGUACUGUCAGCCAGGACAGCUCCGAGCUGAACUCGGCCCGCUCUGGGGACUGCAGCCGACCUCCUCGCUCGGGGCUGCUGUCCAGGGGUGCCACCAGCGCAUUCGGAGACUCUGAAGGAAGAUCCCUACCAGCCCGAUCUCGCACUCACUCGGAGCACGAGAAGGUCUCGAGGGCGCUUUUCGACUUGGACUGCGACCCAUUGGCCGCGAGGGUGGCACACCUGGAGCAGACCCUCACGCAAGAGGAGCCACUGUUGCAGCGCUUCCACUCGGAGCUGCGAGCGAACUUCGCUGCCGAGCUCGAGGCAGUUCGUGCACAACUUCUCGAAGAGUUCCGGGAGCAGGUCCAGGUGCAAAAGCAGCAGGCCAUGGCGGAGCUACAGGCUGCGAAGGAAGCGUUGCGCGAACGUUUUCCAAGCCUCCCCAGUCACCGGUCCUCCGACCGCUUCCGCAUCUGUUGGGAGGAAGCCUUCCGCGGUGCAGCUCAGGGCGAUUUGGCGCUGGAGAGGUUGGAGGCGAUGUCGGCGGAAGUUCGCAGGCUCACUUCCGAGGUCCGCGCGCAGGCGGAACUCCUGGAUCAUGUCCGCUUGCUGACGGAUAGCUUGGAGCCAACUGCAGACGACCUGAGGACCUUGGACUCGCGGGAAGCACCAGGGCCAGUCGAACCGGAGCUCCGAGGUCGCGACGUAGAUGUCUUGGUUGGAAUGGCCAUGCCCGCGAGCGCUCUCACCGCCGACAACCACGCCAGCCGCGUCACGGGACUAGUGGCAUCAGACAAAGGAUGGUGGGAAGCAACAGAGACAUAG